AACGAUACAAUGGCGGGACGUCUUUUUUCUAGACGCAUCUUAAAUGGCGUGUUUUUCAGAAGUUUUUCAAUGAAGGGGAUUAAUUUGAAAAAAGGGCCACAUGAUUAUCCGGUUCCGACAGGAUCCGAUCAUUGGAGAAGAAAAAUUCGCACUUUGUUCAAAUCAAUGGAUACAGACGGUGAUGGAUAUGUCACAAAAAAAGAUUUUGAAUUAAGUGCACACCGCCUUACAAGCUACCUGAAUCUAAACGAAAAGAAAGCGAAAGAGGUACUGAAGAUGCGGCUGUUGGCGUGGGAGGUGGUUUCUAAAGGUAAACACGAUGAUUGCAGCAUAUCUGAAGACGAAUAUGUGUCCUCUAUAUAUGACGCCUGCUCUGCUUACUCAGAGCUAUUUAUUAAAAUUAUCAUCAGUGAAUGCGACUUCGCGGAUGCUAACGACGACGGUUUCAUAACUCGCGAUGAGCACAAGGCGUUCUUUUACGGGAGGGGUGUGCCUGUAAAACAUUCGGCGGAUGUCUUCAAAGUUCUCGACACCGACGGGGAUGGCAUUCUAAGCAGAGAAGAAUUCAUUCAAGGUGCCGUGGACUUCGUUUUUAGUGAAGACGAAAACAGUCCCUACGUGCAUUUCAUAGGACCACUAGUUUAACAAUUUAUACGAACUUUGAUUAUUGUAAAAGUGUACACUAUUGCAUAAACAUUUUGAAAUGGGGCAUUGCUUUUUUGGGAAUUAUAGAUCAUGUGCACCACAAUAUAUAUGUUGGCAUGGUAAUCUCAUAGCUAAUUACUAGUAUUGACUUUUGUAAACUGUGAAUCGACCAGCUGGUAAAUUUUAGAUAGACAAAGCGCCAGAAAUGGAGAACAUCAGAAAAUCCUAAUUUGCUGUAUCCUUGGGUGGUAAAAAAACAGUGUACACUAUCUGAACCCAUAAUUUUGUUCUGUCAUUUAAUUUCCUUCAUAUUUGUCAAUGAAAUGUGACCACCGGGCAAUC